AUGUGGGUAAAAAGAAAUCAAGCGGCUGCAGCGCUGCCAGCGGCGCCGGCGGAGGCGAGCGCACAGCGCACUCGUAAUAAUCCAAACCCGUUUCGCGAGCCCGCUUUCGAGGGCAUCGUUAUGCUGAAGUGCAGUUUGAAAUGUCCCAACGCGCUACGAAAACCCGAUAUUCGACGAGAGGUUAUAUCCAAUUUCGGUUGGCGCUUG